AUGUCCUCGACGACGGGGUUACAAUUGGAGUACAUUCAAGCGAAAACAGGCAAUGAGGUGUUGGACAAAGCACUGCCGCCCCCAGCGAGUCACACAAACCAAAGAUCUGGCAAUAUUGGUAGUUGGAGAGGACAUUUGAAUGCGAUCAGAGCCGUCGUUGAAAACAAUCUGGACUCCGCACUCAUUCUCGAGGAUGACUCCGAUUGGGAUAUCCGCGUUCAUGAUCAAUUCACUGAAUUUGCUGAGACCACUCGCGUCCUGACACAACCACUCGCUGGCUCAACGACUAACUACGCCGAUCCUACUUUCUUCGACCCCUCAGAAGGUGGUCAACCAGAACAUUUAAUCUAUGGACAGCUUCCCCGAACCGUUCCACCACAGGUAUCCCCUUACGGCGAUGACUGGGAUGUGCUAUGGGUUGGUCAUUGCGGCACGGAGGCUCCGAAUAUCAAUUUGGAGGACAAGGAUAAAUCCAAGCUCUCCAAAACACUACCCCGCGGCCGGGUCAUCCAUUACAAUGAUGAAACGGUACCAGAAAACCAGUAUUUGAAUGUGAUGGAGCAGGAAUUUGAUCCCCGUGACAUCUUCCCUCACCAUACUCGAACAACGCAUCACGUUAUGGGUCAAAUCUGCUCUCUAGGCUACGCUGUUUCGCAACGAGGCGCCCGUCGCAUUCUGUACGAGAUGGGCGUAAAAAAAUUCGACGGCCCAUACGAUAUCAUGUUGCGCGACAUAUGUGAAGGUGUCAAUGAACGCCCUAAAGGUGCAGUUUGCCUUUCUGUCGAGCCUGGGCUGUUAAACCACCACCGGCCCGUCGGUCUAUCUGCUUACCACAGCGAUAUCUCUGAACAUAUGGCCCCGCCUGUCGAUGUUGCUUUUACAGAAAAUGUGCGAUACAGUGCCCGCUUAAGCAUACCAAAAUUAAUUGUCGGAGACACCGAUUACGAAGACCAAUGGCCUGAUACCGUUAAGAUAUCGUCAUGA